GUCUGGUCUGCCUGCUAGUGUUGUGUUGCAUCAUACCCUUCGUGGUCCAAAGAUUUGUGGAAUUUGACCCACUACGUCUCUAGUAUGCAUGGACUUUGUGCCUCUGUCAUUUGCCAGGACUUGGCCUCUCGCGGGCAGGAUGAUGUUACUGCAUGUUGGUGUCUGCUGUGUUCCCUGAAACCUUCUAGUAGCUGUGAUGUAGAGGUUUCGGAGACAGGAUGCCAGUUCUGCCAGCUUGAGUUACACAAACGUGACAGAAAGGAAGCAGUGAGCAGCAUGAGUCUAUGUGACACGAAAUCUAGAUCAGGAGCCUUCAUCAGGAAAGGUGUCUCUGGCUGACCGCGUCCUGGGCCAGUUCCGCAGGCGCAAUACUGAAGGAGCCCGGAAUGGCAAGCACAUCUGCAAACAAGAAACCAUACCGCAAGGCACCACCACAGCACCGGGAGACCCGACAUGAGCCUUUGAGUCCCCGGGAUGAGGGAGCCGAGCAGCAGAGCCAGGAUUCACUUACUGAAGGAGACCGAAUCCAAUUUCUGCAGCACCAGAAUGAUGAGUUGCACCGUCGCCUGGCAUUUGCUACUACAAAAAUGGAAGCUUUGGAGCAUGAAGUGGAAGCAGGAAGGCAUUACCUAGAAAUGGAGCUGAAUCGCAACCGAGAGGAACUAGAGAAAUUUAAAGACAAGUUCCGCAGGUUGCAGAACAGCUACACCGCAUCACAGAGAACAAAUCAGGAUCUGGAGGAGAAGCUGCACACGCUGGCAUCGCUCAGUCAAAGCUGGAUCUAUUCAAUUAAAAAAGCUGAAAUAGAUCGGAAGACUCUGGAUUGGGAGAUUGUGGAACUAACCAACAAAUUACUGGAUGCAAAGACCACAAUCAACAAGCUGGAAGAAUUAAAUGAACGCUAUCGGCAGGACUGUAACCUUGCUGUUCAGCUACUUAAAUGCAACAAGUCCCAUUUCCGAAACCACAAGUUUGCAGAUUUGCCGUACAAACUACAGGACAUGGUGAGCAAACACUUUGAAAGCACAGCAUCAUCUCCACGAUCUGGACAGGAGACCCCUCCACCUGGUCUUUCACACUCUGAUGUGGUGCCCACUUCUAUCAUUGCCCGUGUACUAGAAAAGCCAGAGUCGCUCAUCCUAAACUCUGCCACAUCUAGCAGUGGCAGCGGCCCCACUGCAGAGGAUGUCUUUGUGCAUGUGGACAUGAGUGGUCCAGGUGAGAGAGUGGAGGAGAGCAGGCAGCAAAAUGGGGGGCUCCAACAGCAGAGUAGUGUAGAUAGCACUUCUGAGGACCCUCCCACUUUUGAGAAACUGAGCCCGUACCCCACACCUCCCCCACCACAUCCUAUGUACCCCGGCCGCAAGGUGAUAGAGUUCUCAGAUGAAAAGGUGCGAAUCCCCAAAAAUAGCCCAUUACCCAACUGUACCUAUGCCACCCGGCAAGCAAUCUCCCUUAGCCUUGUGCAGGGUGAGGAGGGCAGUCCAGACAGGCAUCGCACAGUACCCAAUAGCCCAGCGUCUGCAGCAAACUACCCACAGCGGGCACGGAGUGCAGAUAACCCUGCCCGAUCUCCUCUUAGUAGUGCAGUUGCCAGCUCUGCGAGCUCUGAAGAGGACAUGUUGGCAAACUGGCAAAAAAUGUUUGUGGAAAAGGCGGCACCCAACACGGAGAGGUCCCUGGCACAUCGCACUUCCUUCAGCAGGGACACAGCUCUGGAACUGCAACAAAGAUUCAGCCAAUCUAUGCAGGAACUCAGCCGGGCCGCUCAAGCUUACUCAGACAAGGAAAGCUCAGGGCUUGGAUGGAGCAGCAGCCGAGAUGCUGAGGUUGUUGGGGCCCGGAGAGGGCCCCUACCAAAUGAGUAUGGGAAGGAAUUCUCCCAAGAGGAAGCACAGGACCUUCUGUCUGGAGCAGUGGAGGAAGAGGAAGAAGCCGCUGAGCAGCAGGUCCUCUCGGAGGAGGCAGAUCAGGAGACCGUGAUAGAGGACGACAUUGGGGAGACAUGCAUACCACCGGAGGAUGGGUUGUGUGUAGAAAAACCCCCUUCUGGACGCCCACAUCGGAGUCCAAAAAGAAUGGGUGUGCAUCACCUCCACAGGAAGGACAGUCUGACCCGGGCGCAGGAACAGGGAAACCUACUGAACUAGUGAUGGGGAGGGCUGGGCAUACACAGGGCUGGUACCCCUUCCCGACUCUCCAGUCAGUAUAUGCAAAACUCAAUUUCCACCACUGUCUCAAGCUCUCAGAUAUGCACUACAGAAGAUGGGUAACCAGAGUGCCCAGGCAGUGCAUCACUGCCUUAACU